UUGCGUUGCCGGCUCUGCAGCAGAGAGAGAGGGAGAGGGAUAGAGCAGAGAGAUCUCUGACUGCCGAGUCAGGAUCCAAGAGGACGGAAAAGCCCGUUCGGAAAGCGAGGCAAAGGCACAGCAGGGAAAGUGAAGCGGGGGUUGUCGACAGGCGGAGAGCGCCCCGGAGCAGCGAAACACAGCGCACUGAAGGUCGAGCGGCGUCCGUCCAGCUCCUCGCAUCGAUAUGGAGUUGCCAGCCGCAGGGGAGCACGUAUUUGCCGUGGAGAGCAUCGAGAAAAAGCGCAUCAGGAAGGGUAGAGUCGAAUACCUGGUGAAAUGGAGGGGAUGGUCUCCCAAAUACAACACGUGGGAGCCAGAAGAGAAUAUCCUGGAUCCUCGGCUGCUCCUGGCUUUUCAGCACAGAGAAAGACAAGAGCAGACAAUGGGUUAUCGUAAACGAGGACCCAAGCCCAAACACCUACUGGUUCAGCUACCAGCCUUUGCUCGACGUUCAAAUGUCCCUUCAGAGUUACAGGAUACUUAUGUGGAAGAUGAACGAUCAAAGAGUGAGAUCCAGCAACAGCCUAUCAAACGUCAAUAUCAAUUGAACAGCAAAAAGCUUCAUCAGUACAAGCCCUGUAACACGGAGGAGCAACGUCAACAUCAAGUUACUAAACAUUAUUACCAACUCAACAGCAAGAAACAUCAUCAUUAUCAACCAGAUAUUAUGUACCCCAGUCAGCAAGCUGACUGUCACAGGAGUGAAACUGAACUAAACCAGGAGCAGCACCAGCCCAUUCAGGAACAAGAAACACUACAUAGUUUUAUUAAGAGUGGAAGUCAUACUCGUGUUGGAGGCGUGGAGAAGCCAGUGAUCAAGGAAAUGGAUUCGAAGUCGGGAAGUGGGCCAGAAAUAGCCAAGGAAAGUGUAAAACACAAUGGCAUCAAUGGGAGAAUGAAGAUAGUGAAAAAUAAAAAUAAAAAUGGUAGAAUUGUGAUAGUUAUGAGCAAGUAUAUGGAUAGUGGGAUACAGUCAGCGAAAGAUAAACAUGGUAAGAAUGGGGAUGGAGGGAAUGAGUCAGUGGCAAGCAAAACUGGAGAGCGAGAACUAUGGAUAGUCAAAAAUGGCCAUGGCAAAACUGCCGUGGCAGAGGAGAAAGUAGAGAAGGUUAAGGAUAAUAUUGCAAAUGGGAGGGAAGAGGUAACAAAGACUCCCAAUGUAAACAAAAAGGCAGAGAGUGAAAAAGAUGGUUGUGUUUCAUCGGUGGUGGUGAAAGAGACAGCAGUUUCAGCUCAAGGUAAAAGUUUGAAUGGGGAGGUAUGUGGCACAGAAAGAAAUGAAACAGCAAGUAAGAAAGAGGGGAGAAUGCAAAAGGAACAGUACCCCUUGGAGCAGGAGCAGUGUAACAAACCAAAUACAAUGCGAUGGUCCUGUGAUUCAGAAGUCCCUAAUAGGGAUAGGCUUUACUCCAAUCUACCCCAUUCUAGAAAGCGGUAUCUGUCAGAACCCAUCGUGGACAAUGAGGCCAAAAAACCAAUGACAUGUAGAAGCAUCAGUGUCCCAGGCAGUGCGGUCCAGCUGGAGCAAGAAGACCUAAUGGAGGCAGAUGCAGUCGAUUGCUAUCGAAAUGUGGGAAUCGAUGGCAUUUUGGACUCAAAUCCUGAACAGCCCAUUGAUCUGAGCUGCGUCAAGUCCAGGCCAGUGCCUGAGAAGGCAACAGCACAGCAGGUGGAGGUUGGGGAGAAAGAAGAAUCAGUGAAAGGUGAUCAGCAAUAUCCCUGGACUGGACUCAAACCUUAUCUUGGAAAUCUGAUUAUCACAGAUGUCACAGCAAACUGCCUCACAGUUACAUUUAAGGAAUAUGUAACUGUGUGAAGGAGACUUAAUUCAGUCCAAGAAUUCAUGUAGAAUAAAGCAUAAAUCAUUAGAGUCAAUGCACUCUUUAUCCCAAAUCUUCAUUCUUUAAACUGAACAGCUUAUAUGUAUGAAAAUGUAUUUAUAAAUAGGCACAUUUAAUAAGUAGAAAUAUGUUUCUGAAGCCAGACUGGAAGACUGGCAAUAAAGGGCACUCGAACCUGCUUUCUUAAAUUUGGAUUUUUAAUUUUUUUAAGCAAAAAUUUAUGAUCUAACACUUAUUUACUAAAACCAUAUUAAAAAUGUUUGAUACUUUAUUUCUUUUUUUAAUUAUCGAUGAUUAAUAUUUGUGAUAAUAUGUGUGCUAUUUAAAUGUGCAGAUGCCUUGUACUUCCUGUCUGAUAUUUCCAAGGCUAAUGAGCUUGUGCUGCUAUUAUAAAUUUGUAUUUUUUUUGUGCUUGAAUGUAAAUAUGUGAAAACGCUUUUAAGGAAACGUAUUCACUGUUGCAAUAGGGCGACAGUUAGUAAUAUAAAGGAUGAAUGUUGAUGUUUUGUAUCCAAGGCACGCCAUUUUUGAUCUGGCGUUUAUUACUACCAGCUGAACAGUGAAUAGAAAUUCUAAGAAACGAACUUGAGUCAUAUUACUAAUUUGUGGCGCUCAUUGUAAAAUUAAUAUGCAGUCGUUGUGAAGUUACUCUCCCCAAGUACAUUGGUACUGUUUUUAAGUGAGUAAAAUGAUGAAUCUCUGGAGCUGCCUUUGAAAUCUU